AUGCUUCCAAGUAAUACCAUCUUGGGGGUCUGUCUCAUAACUCAGUUAUGUGUUGGUGUCACAGGGAACUCAUUACUGUUCAUUUUGUACAUAUAUACUUUCUUCUUUAAGCCUCAUUUUAAGAAGUUGAUGGAUUCCAUUUCCAUGCACCUGACAAUAGUAAAUGUGCUGAUGGUCAUAUUCACGUUGAUAUCACAUAUCAUGUCAUUCUUUGGAGUACCCAAAUUUCUGGAUGAUGCUGGCUGUAGGGCAGUGUUAUUUAUAUUCAGAGUCACGCGGGGUAUGUCCAUCAGUACCACCUCUAUUCUGAGCACAUUUCAAGUCAUCACCAUCACUCCCAGUAAUUCUAGGUGGGCGUGGCUUAAGCCUAAACUCUCCAAGUUGACUUUGUCAUCCUUACUUUGCUCCUGGCUCAUUAACCUGCUCAUCUAUGGAAUUAAUGCAAUUUUGGCAACAUGCUACCCAACCAUCUGCCCUUUUUUACUAAUGAAAAAUAAUAAACUUGUUUGGCAACUCACUUUUUCCUUUUCUGAAAGGAGGAGGACCUGCUUUCAAAGU